AUGGACAGAGCACCGGCAGCGUACUUGAGCUCCAUCGUCCUCGUUACAGCGCUUUCCUCUGCUAUUUUUCUUGUAGCAUUGGCAUGGAAGCUAUUCAAAUGGGUUUGGUUGAAUCCCAAAAAGCUUGAGAAGCUCCUCAGACAGCAGGGAUUUAGAGGGAAUUCUUAUAUACCAGUGUUGGGAGAUGUGAUAGCAAUGUCAACCUUGCUCAAACAAGCUCACUCCAAGCCCAUCAAUCUCUCCGAUGAUAUUGUCCCAAGAAUCAUUCCUGAAUACCUUGAUCUGGUCAAGAAACAUGGAAAGAAUACAUACAUAUGGUACGGGCCAGAACCAUCUGUAUGUAUCCAGGACCCUGAACUCAUAAGGGAGGCUUCGCAAAACAUCAACCUCUUUCAUAAGCCUGUAGUUAAUCAACUUACCAGAUUGCUGGCACCAGGACUGAUAAGCUACAACGGAGAUAAAUGGGCCAAACACAGAAAACUCAUCAACCCUGCUUUUCAUGGCGAGAAGUUGAAGCUUAUGCUCCCAUCCUUUUGUACAAGUGCUACUGCAAUGUUGAGAAAAUGGGAGGAGAUCAUUUCACCAACAGGGUUUUGUGAGUUGGAUGUUUGGCCCAGUCUUCGAAGUCUGUCUUCUGAUGCAAUUUCGCGUACUGCAUUUGGUAGUAAUUAUGAAGAAGGCAGGGUGAUUUUUGAACUUCAAGGAGAACAGUGUGAGCUUUGCAUCAAGUCUCUGUGGUCAAUGCUUAUCCCGGGAUGGAGGUUCUUGCCAACUAAAAGAAAUAGGAGAAUGGGACAAAUUUUCAAAGAUGUUACUGAUUCAAUUAGAGAAAUCAUUAAUUCAAGAUUAAAUGAAAUAAGAGCAGGGGAAUUCGGUGAUGAUGACUUCUUGGGACUAUUAUUACAAUCAAAUUCUCAAGAAAUUGAUAGGCAUGGAAACAAGGAUUUUGGCAUGACCAUUGAAGAGGUCAUCGAAGAAUGCAGGCUUUUCUAUGUUGCAGGACAGGAGACAACUUCGGUGCUGCUUGUGUGGACAUUGAUUUUAUUGAGUGUGCAUCAGGAGUGGCAGACACGUGCUAGAGAUGAGGUUCUGCAAGUCUUUGGCACAAGAAUACCAGAUUUUGAUGGACUGAAUCACCUAAAACUUGUAACUAUGAUUUUGCAUGAGGUUUUAAGGUUAUAUCCACCCAUACCAGUCAAUGGUAGAAUAACGGCUGCGGAAACUAAAUUAGGAAAUUUAUCUCUUCCCAGUGGAGUGCUAGUCCUGAUACAAACCCUGUUAGUUCAUCAUGACCAAGCAAUAUGGGGCGAAGAUGCGAAAGAGUUCAAGCCGGAAAGGUUUUCUCAAGGAGCUUCACAUGCAACAAAGGGAAAUAUUGCAUUCUUCCCAUUUGGUUGGGGACCUCGUUCUUGUAUUGGUCAAAGUUACGCUAUGCUGGAAGCAAAGCUGGUGCUGGCAAUGAUUCUGCAACGCUUUUGGUUCAAACUUUCACCAUCCUAUUCGCAUGCUCCCAUCUCAUUGGUAACACUUAAACCACAGUAUGGUGCUCCCUUGAUUUUGCACAAGCUGUAGAUUGAAUACAUAACUCGAAAUUCCUUAUUUAGAUUUGAUAUUCCUUGAAAUUAAUCCCAUUAUUACUUUUGUUUGUCUAGAACU